GUAGCUUAUAAUUACGGUGACCCUGAAACCUAUGCUGAAACUACGGUGCAUUUAUCGUGACCUGCAGGACUGAGGAGAGGUACAACAACAGUGACUCUUACACACAGACCAAGAUACUCAUGCACAUGUACAUAGACAUGUCUGGAUCUGUGAAGAAGCUCCUACUGUUCACCUUGUUACUGACCACUGUACAGAGCGCCUACCAUGAGCAAACUUCGUAUGAUGUGAUAGUGUACGCUGCCACUCCAGCUGGGAUUGCCGGAGCCAUUGCUGCUCGUGUUAGUGGUGCUCAGUCUGUUCUACUCAUAGAGCCCACGUCCUAUGUGGGGGGUAUGGCCUCUCCGGGGGGCAUCGGACUCAGAGAUUGUGUUAAAGACGAAAUACGAAUAAACAAUUCGACACAGUAUUUAUGGGCAAUGCGUAACGCAGCUUUUUAUGGAACCACCGAGCCAGUGUGGCAACCUGACAAUUGGUUGGGGGAACUUAACUUCAGGAACAUGUUGAAUGACUAUGAUGUCGAGCUCAGAUUGAAUACUAACUUUGUUGAGGGCCGUGAUGGCGUGAAGACCGCAAUAGAAAAUGGUGAACGACGAAUCACAGAGAUUAUACUAGAGGCUGGAGAAACACUCGCGGCCAAGUAUUUUAUUGAUGCAAGCUACGAAGGUGAACUGAUGAUGGCUACCGGUUAUGUAGAGUACACGUUUGGUCGAGAAGGACGUGACAAAUACAACGAGUGGCGGGGUGGUGUUAGCAAUGGCUCGCUGUCCCAGUUCAAAGUUCCCGUGAAGGCUCGUGUAAAUGACAAAGAUGGCCCAGUACUGCUCAAGUAUGUACAGAACGGUUCUGACCCUCGAACAAUUGUAGGAACGUCUGAUAAGAAUCUCAUGUCAUAUUCAUUCAGGGUUUGUCUAACCAGUGAUCCCAACAACAGUGUGCCUAUCCCAGAGCCCCCUGGCUAUGACCCUAGAGACUUUGAACUAUCAAGAAGACUCAAUUUACAAGAUAUUCGCUUUCAGGAUACCAUUGAAAGGCCGUGGCAAAAUCUCGAGUAUAAAGGAUAUCCGGGCGAGAUAUUAAGAUCAUACAAAUUUGACGCUUGCUGUGGCUCUGCUUCUGUUGGUAUCGAUGCGGUUGGUCUCGCUGUUGGUUAUGCUACAGCCAAUAGAACUCAACGCAAACAGUUUUAUAACGCUCACAAGUAUUAUGUCCAAGGUCUUAUGUGGUUUUGGGUGAGUGAUCCAUCCGUGCCAGAUAUUGAUCGAGUUAUUUAUCGAUCUUAUGGACUCUGCAAAGAUGAGUGGCCAGAAAACAAUCAUUUUCCACCCCAGCUAUAUGUUCGAGAGGCUGUUAGAAUGAUCGGGGAUAAGGUCUAUGUGCAGCAAGACAGAAUACCGGCUCUUCUCAAGUGUAGAGAUGACUCCAUUGCUAUCGCUGAUUGGGCCUUUGAUAUUCACGAUAUGCAAAGAGUGGCUGUAUUAGCUGAUGACAAGGAAACUCUGAUUGUGUUCAACGAAGGACUAACAAGUUACGACACUGGAGGAAUAUUUGUGUUUGAGAUUCCUUAUUACACUCUCCUUCCCAAGAGACAAGAGUUAGUCAACUUGGCCGUCCCCAAUUGUCCUUCUGUGAGUCAUGUUGCCUUCUCUGCUAUAAGAGUGGAGCCAACGCUAUGGCAGAUGGGGCAGGCCGCUGGGACUGCAGCUGGUAUCGGCCUACUGGAGGGAGGGGUUCCACCGUUUCAUGAUGUACCUUUGAACAAGAUUCAAGCGUCUCUUGUUCAACAACAAAAAUCAUUCAUUCAUUGGCCACCCAGACAACACUGCUAAUUUUUUUUAUUUUAUUUUUUUAUAAAGUCAAAAAUAAUUGUUAUUCUCGUAUUUAUUCUGCUAUAAUAAUGAUUGUUUAAAAUGUAG